AUGGAGAAAUGGUUUUGCUCUGACUGCACAUAUGGAAUCGUCCUGAACAGAUUAACCUCAGUAGAAUCCAAAUAUACAAGCCUUGCUACCCUGGUGAAGGACAUGGAGGAUGUCAAGAGGGAAAAUGCAGAACUGCGGAACAAAGUGGAUCAGCUAUGUAAACAAAUUGAUAAUAUUAAGUUAGUUAAUGAUCGCAGAGAUCAGUACAACCUCAAAAAUAAUAUAAUUAUUGCAAAUAUCCCAGAAAGUAAAGAUGAGAAUCUAUUAAAUAUUGUUGGUAAUAUAGCGAAAGUUCUAGGAGUUAAAGCUGAGGGUAUUUUAGCAAGCCAUCGCCUUAAAGGGCAAACAGUCAAUGGACCAAAUGUGGCUCCAAGGGAAAUAAUAGUCAAGUUACUUAGGCAUGAUGUUAAAGAAAAGCUCAUGGAAUCUUUUAAGAAGAAGCGCAAUGGCAAACUGCUAUGGUCAGAAAUUCUAGGUACAACAAACAAGAGAGGGCAUGAGAAGAAGGAAAAAAAGAGUAAGGAUGUUAACAUUUACUUAAAAGACCAUCUAACGCCAUUCCGUAGCUUUCUACUUCGAAAGGCAAAGAGGUAUUUGAAAGAAAAAAAGCUUGCUUUCGCCUGGGUCAAGCGAGGAUCCAUCUAUGCUAGAAAAGAGGAGAAGUCUGCUGCUAAACACAUACUCACUGAAUCAGAUCUUGAUAUCCUGGUGAAGACUGAAAAUGCUGAAAUUCAGAACCCUGAGGGUAAUGAAGACCAAAGCCCUGCAAAGGAUCAG